AACAAGGAGCAGGUCACCAGGCAAAGCACAAAACACACAACACUCUGGAAUAUACAAUAGAGUUACACAAUUGACAUGCAACAACCACGACCCACUUGGGAAGUGAACUAAGACAGGAAGUUACAGGAAGGAAAUACAUAACAAUGCAGCAGGGGUGAGACAUGAAACGAGUAUCCAGUCAGGGAGGGUGCAGGACAACGAGCAAUCAGGAAAUACACAAGGAUCGACACAAGAACAGGCAACAGAAGGAACUUUACGGGAGCCGAAGUGAAAAAGACAGACGUGCACCAAGCACAGAAAGAACAGCACAUGACGAGGGAGCACACCCACGGCCUCCUGUCAGAAGGUUAUUCCGCUCGUUUGAUGAUGAAUUCCAGACACAUCACUGCAGACAACAAGAAAAACACACAAGGGUCCAGCACAAAGACAGAGGAGGGAACAGGAUGGCCAGCACCUCCCUCACUACAUCAUGUGACAUCACCAACAUACCGAAACACAAUGCAGAGUGUCAUGGCGGGAGGGUCCCAGGCCUGGCCUGGCCCAGCACCUCCCUUACCACGCCAUAUCCCAUCACCAACAUACCGAAACACAUUGCAGAGUGAAACAACGGGAGGGUCCCGGGCCUGGCCUGGCCCAGCACCUCCCUCACCAUACCAUGUGACAUCACCAACAUACCAAAACACAAUGCAGAAUGCCAUGAUGGGAGGGUCCUUCGCUUGGCAUGGCCAAGCACCUCUCUCACCAUGCCAUGUGACAUCACCAACAUAUCAAAACACAAUGCAGAAUGCCACAAUGGGAGGGUCCCAGGCCUGGCCUGGCCCAGCACCUCCCCUACCACGCCAUCUGACAUCAUCAACAUACCGAAACACAAUGCAGAGUGCCACAAUGGGAGGGUCCCGGGCCUGGCCUGGCCCAGCGCCUCCCUUACCACGCCAUAUCCCAUCACCAACAUACCAAAACACAAUGCAGAAUGCCAUGACGGGAGGGUCCCGGGCCUGGCCUGGCCCAGCACCUCCCCUACCACGCCAUCUGAUAUCACCAACAUACCAAAACACAAUGCAGAAUGCCAUGACGGGAGGGUCCCGGGCCUGGCCUGGCCCAGCACCUCCCUCACCACCCCAUGUGACAUCACCAACAUACCAAAACACAAUGCAGAGUGCCACAAUGGGAGGGUCCCGGGCCUGGCCUGGCCCAGCACCUCCCCUACCACGCCAUCUGACAUCAUCAACAUACCGAAACACAAUGCAUAAUGCCACAAUGGGAGGGUCCCGGGCCUGGCCUGGCCCAGCACCUCCCUCACCACCCCAUAUGACAUCAGCAACAUACCAAAACACAAUGCAAAGUACCACAAUGGGAGGGUCCCGGGCCUGGCCUGGCCCAGCACCUCCCUUACCACGCCAUCUGAUAUCACCAACAUACCAAAACACAAUGCAGAAUGCCAUGAUGGGAGGGUCUCGGGCCUGGCCUGGCCCAGCACCUCUCUCACCACCCCAUGUGACAUCUCCAACAUACCAAAACUCAAUGCAGGGUGCCACGAUGGGAGGGUCCCGGGCCUGGCCUGGUCCAGCAAAUCCCUCACUAUGUCAUGUGACAUCACCAACAUACCAAAACACAAUGCAGAGUGCCACGACUGGAGGGUCCCUAGCCUGGCCUGGCCCAGCACCUCCCUUACCACGCCAUUUGACAUCACCAACAUACCGAAACACAAUGCAGAGUGCCACAACUGGAGGGUCCCUGGCCUGGCCUAGCCUGGCCCAGCACCUCCCUCACCACAACAUGUGACAUCACCAACAUACCAAAACACAAUGCAGAGUGCCCUGAUGGGUGGGUCCCUAGCCUGUCCUGCCCUGUCCACUGGAGUUAUCAAGAGGAAAGCAGCACUCGGCCAUGGCUAAAUGAAUAUACAAUUAUUAAUAGAAGCCCUUUGCCUUUAUUAUUUCGAAAUGUGACCAAUUAUUUCUCACCAAUAAUUUUCUAUUUACAUUGGUUCCCCCUCUCUAAACUAAUUCUGAAGUGCACUCUCUCGUCUCCAGUUCUCCUUUGCUGUCAGUGUCAAUUCGCUGCAAGUCUCGUGGGAGUUGGAGGCAUGUCCAGCAAUGUAUCGCAUCGUAUCAUGAGGAAUCCUACUGCAUUGCAAUAGGGGUGAAUCCGAUAGUAGUUGCUUCAUAUGUAUUAUUAAUUAAUUUAUAGGAUCACUGGCAAUACAUUGAGAUGUGUUUCGCAUCACCUCAGAGACGGAGAUGCUCAUCCCCACCUCACACAAUAUGCUCAGUUUUGGGAAGCCAGUUCACCUGAAUUCUCUCUCACUCUCUCUGCAUUGUGGAAGUUAGUUUAGAAAAGAUAACGAAGCAGGUUCAACGCUGUACUUUUAUUCACGGCCUUGCGGAUUUAGCAUGGCAAGAGCGAGAAAACAGAUAUUACAAGGAGUAAAUUAAAGGCAAAUUAUGCAAAAUACAUAAAAAAAAUAAAUCAUUAAUAAUUUGCUUUCAGCUCAACACAAAAAGAAACACCUAUGGCACCACAAAAAAACCUAAUAAAAAUUAAUGUACAUAGGGAAUUCCAGUACAAAGGAACAUUCAUACUGCACCUUGGGGAUCCAACUGGGCAAGAGAUCAAGUACUGAUAUGCGAGCAGUUUUACAGCACCCAACUGCACCAAAAAAAUACUCAUCCUUAAUAUCUUGUAUAUUCCCAUGUAAUAUAACCUUAAUUAUACCAAGCGAUACUAAAAGUAAAAAUGUACAAAAACAGAAAAGUAAACAGACAUGACACUUUAUUUAUUUAUUUCAUAAUAUCACCCCCCUGUCACGCCCUGCUCAUCCGAUCCUCCCGUUUGUCACGCCCCCCUCGUUAACCUCGUGUGGAAUCCCGACGUCUCCAGCUGUUUCUUGUUAUUUCUAAUUAAUCCUGUGUAUUUCAGUCCGCGUUCCAGUAUGUCUCCCUAGUCUUGUCAUUAACAUCUUUGGGUCGCUAAUGUCUCUGUGCUCCUGAUUGUGUCCUGCCCUUAUUAAAACCCAAGUUCAAUCAGAAUUUCUGGACUAUGGUGCUUCCCUUCCCGCCAUGCUCCCAGCGGGCACGACAGAAUGGCAGGACUCCACAAGAAGACGCCUCAGCUGACUGAGGCUGAAUACCUCGGUCUCGUAAAUGAGGCGAUUUAUUGGCUGCAACAGCCCGAGGUCCAGGAGGACCCCACGUUUUGCGCCCUGGCUGCUCACACGGGGGAUAUCCUAGGGAGGAUUUCCCCGUUGAAGGACCCGUUCCUCGCUGAAGAAGUUAGUCUGAACUUGCAGCAGCUCAGGAAUGGGGUAGCGGAGGCAAUGAUGCGGUGGGUAGCCCUGGACAGCGGAAUACCCUCUGGUCUGCUGUUGGAACUUCCAGAGGUGCCCUCGACUCCGUCACAAGAAGCGGGAGGGAAGAAAAAGCGGAAAAGUCAGAGACGUAAGGAGAUGCCAGAGGUCCUCUUAGGGGCUGUCUCCGCUGCCUGCCCUGCUGCAUGUUGGGAGGAACCCUUCCCGAUUCUGAGCCGGUGGUGUUCUGACCACUUCCUGACGCUUGUCUGCCUGCAGCCACUGCCGCUACGCUGCCAGCGCCGGCGGCUCACCCCUUCCGGGGAACACGCCUAACCUUUAAAUUGGCCAGGUCUGUUGGGGAUACUAUCCCGCGGGACCCCAAGAUCCCCAAACAGGCGGCGCCCGCUGCCAAGGCGCAAACCCCUGCUCCGCCCCCUGAGGUUCCUGCUCCGGCUCUUGCUCCGCCCCCUGAAGUUCCUGCUCCGUCACCUGCUCCGCCCCCUGAAGUUCCUGCUCCGUCACCUGCUCCGCCCCCAGCAGUUUCUGACCCUUUGGUUCCAGUUCCCUUUUUUCAUGACCUGCCGCGGCUUCUGCUCCCUCCUCCCCUCCACCAGUCUCCCCUUCAACUCCCUCCUUGCCUUCUUUUGGUCCCUCCGCCUCCCUCCAGGCCCCUUCUGAUGUUCCCUCCAGCUCCUCCCUCGCCGAGGGUCCCUCCGGCUCCAGCCUCCUGGUCGCCAGCUGCCCCUGCGUCUUCCACCUCUUACCCGCUGGGGUUCCCUCCGGCUACCCGUUUCUCCCCACCCUUUGCCUUCCUGCCGCCUGGUUUUGUGCCCCCCGUGUCUGCUCCUCGUCCCUCUGUUUCUCUGGUGUUCACUCCUGGUCCCUUCGUGCCUCCCAUUGGUGUUUCCCCUGUGUCUCCUUUCUUAGUGCCCCUGUGCCUGUCUGCAUUCCUUAUGGUUUGUCAGUGGUUGUCUGGAUUGUCCCUGUGCCUGUUCUGUGUGUCGGUCCUGAUCCCUGUGCCCUGUUAAUGUUUUUGCUUUUGUUUUCCAGGUCUCAUGUCCCCGGUCUGGUCCCUUCGCUCCCCUUAGGCACGCCCCGAGUGCACGCCAUUUGGGGGGAGGGGGGUUCUGCCACGCCCUGCUCGUCUGAUCCUCCCAUGUGCCACGCCCUGCUCGUCUGAUCCUGAUUCCAAUUGAUCCUGUAUAUUUCAGUCCGUGUUUGAGUCCGUUCCCCUAGUCCUGUCAUUAAUGUCUUUGGGUCACUAAUGUGUUGUUGUGCUCCUGAUUGCAUCCUGCCCUUAUUAAAACCCAAGUUUUUAUCAGAA